AUGCUGUACGGCCAAAAUCUACCAUGGCGGCUCGCUCUCCGAUCCACAACGAGGACAUGUGUUAGAUACAGCUCGAGUUCCUCGAGCAGACUAUACAGUUCAGCAAUUAGUCGGCAACGGCAACUUUCAAUAACCUCACUGCGACCCUUCGCCCCUGCUUACACGACACCCCUAUCUUCUUCGAGUUUCUCGACCUCUCCUGUACGACGGAAAGACGCACCCAAAGACCCGAAAGAUGCAGCCAACGAGGAAAUAGCAGAUGAAAAAGACAAGACAAAGGAAAAGGCUGCCAAAGAAACAAGUGGCGAGAAUGUGGCAGAAAGCAAGGCCAAGGCUCCCGAAUCAACAGGCAAUGCUCCAGCAGAUGGCCGAGGGAGUGGUGCUGCGUCCGGAGGCGAUUCUGGCAGUGGUGAUGGCAGUAAAAAAGGACGGAAAGCCAACAAUUCAGACAAGACCGCCAUCGCGGUACCCUCAAUCCCAGAAGUCUACCCGCAGGUAAUGGCCAUUCCUAUCGCCAAACGCCCUCUAUUCCCCGGGUUCUACACAACAGUCACGGUACGGGAUCCUAAUAUUGUUGCGGCAAUUCAGGAUAUGAUGAAGAGAGGCCAGCCGUAUAUUGGAGGUUUCUUGUUCAAGGAUGAGAAUGCGGAUGGCGAUGUGAUUGAGAAAAUGGACGAUGUAUAUGAUGUUGGAGUAUUUGCGCAGAUCACAAGCGCGUUUCCCUUACAUGGGGAUGAAGGGGCCUGGAGGGCUGUCUUGUAUCCGCAUCGAAGGAUCAAGAUGACUGCGUUGGUAAAGCCGGGUGGGAGUGGUGUUGGGAAGGCCGAGGUAGACGAUAUUCCUGAGAUCAUCCCUCCGCCAAAAUCGAAGGAAGAAGGGACAGGCGAUAAGAAGGGUGAUGUGGUUGCUAGUUUUGAGGAGGGCCCUGUGGCAUCAAAAGAUGCAGAGGUUGCUCCCUACGAACCUACGUCCUUCCUACGAAAGUACCCUGUUAGUUUGGUCAACGUGGAGAACAUGCCCGAGGAACCUCAUGAUCCUAAGAGCCCUAUCAUUCGAGCCGUCACCAACGAAAUCGUCAAUGUGUUCAAAGAGGUGGCAAAUCUGAACAGUCUAUUCCGGGAUCAGAUCUCUACAUUUUCAAUGAGCCAGUCUGCCGGGAACGUUAUGAACGAGCCAGCCAAACUUGCUGAUUUUGCUGCUGCCGUCUCAGCAGGCGAACUGAACGAGCUACAGGAAGUUCUGGAAACGAUGAAUGUAGAAGAUAGGUUACAGAAAGCUAUGGCGGUUUUCAAGAAGGAGUUGAUGAAUGCUCAACUGCAAUCGAAGAUUUCCAAGGACGUUGAGAGAUCGAUCCAGAAACGACAAAGGGAAUACUGGCUGAUGGAGCAAAUGAAGGGUAUCCGGAGGGAACUCGGCAUCGAAUCCGACGGGAAAGACAAGCUGGUGGAAAAGUUCAGAGAGAAGGCCUUGAAGCUCGCCAUGCCAGAGGCUGUCAAAAGGGUCUUUGAUGAAGAGCUUAACAAGCUUGCACAUCUGGAGCCAUCUGCGUCGGAGUUCAACGUCACCAGAAAUUAUUUGGACUGGUUGACACAGAUUCCUUGGGGACAGCGGAGUGCGGAGAACUUCGGAAUCAAAAAUGCCACUACUGUCCUCGAUGAAGAUCAUCACGGUUUACAGGAUGUCAAGGAUCGUAUUCUUGAAUUCAUUGCUGUGGGGAAACUACGAGGCACGGUCGAGGGCAAGAUUCUAUGCUUUGUCGGUCCUCCAGGUGUGGGUAAAACCAGUAUUGGGAAGAGUAUCGCGAGAGCUUUGAACAGACAGUACUACAGAUUCAGUGUUGGUGGUCUGGCCGAUGUUGCAGAAAUCAAGGGUCACCGCAGAACAUACGUUGGUGCACUACCUGGACGAAUCAUUCAAGCGCUGAAGAAAUGUCAAACCGAGAAUCCUUUGAUAUUGAUCGAUGAAAUUGAUAAGCUAGGGCGAGGACACCAGGGAGAUCCAGCAUCUGCGCUGUUGGAGCUGCUCGACCCCGAGCAAAACAACUCCUUUUUGGAUCAGUACCUUGAUGUGCCGGUUGACCUUUCCAAGGUCCUCUUUGUCUGUACAGCCAACAUGACUGAUACUAUCCCUCGACCACUUCUGGACCGAAUGGAGGUCAUUCAGCUCUCGGGAUAUGUUGCAGACGAGAAGAUGGCAAUCGCAGAACGAUACUUGGCACCCGCCGCCAAGGAGCUGGCUGGCUUGAAAGAGGUUGACGUCAAUCUCAGCAAGGAGGCGAUUGAAGAGCUCAUCAAGUCCUAUUGUCGAGAGUCUGGUGUUCGAAAUCUGAAGAAGCAGAUCGAGAAGGUGUACCGCAAGUCAGCACUGAAAAUCGUGCAAGACCUUGGCGAAAGCGUCCUUGCUGAAGAGAAAGCUUUGACUGAAGAAGGGAAGGCUGCUUUGGAAGAGUCGAAGAAGGACGAGACUGAUGUCAAGGAGACUUCCGAUAACAUCGAGAAGGAAACUACAGAGAAGCCGCGAAUCAGUCUCACUGUUCCCGAUACAGUCCAUGUUACCAUUGACAAAGACAACCUGAAGGACUACGUCGGUCCCCCAGUCUUCACCUCAGAUCGUUUGUACGAUACCACGCCUCCAGGAGUCGCGAUGGGUCUCGCAUGGACUCAAAUGGGGGGUGCUGCUCUGUAUGUUGAAUCAAUCCUCGAAAGUGCCCUCACACCAGAUUCUCGUCCCGGCCUCGCAACAACAGGAAACCUUCGCGCCGUGAUGAAAGAAUCAACGACAAUCGCAUACUCGUUUGCGAAAUCGGUAAUGGCGAGGAAUUACCCAGGUAAUCAGUUCUUCAACAAAGCCAAGGUGCAUCUGCACUGCCCCGAAGGAGCAGUACCGAAAGAUGGCCCUUCUGCUGGUAUCACGAUGGCUACCUCUCUGAUGUCACUGGCGCUGAAUAGACCGUUGGAUCCCACGAUUGCGAUGACGGGUGAGUUGACAGUUACGGGGAAAGUACUGAGGAUAGGGGGGUUGAGGGAGAAGACUGUUGCUGCACGACGCGCGGGGUCAAAGAUGAUAAUUUUCCCGGAUGAUAAUAUGUCUGAUUGGCUUGAGCUUCCCGAGAACAUCAAGGAAGGGAUUGAGGGCAAACCGGCGAAGUGGUACUCAGACGUCUUCGAUCUUGUCUUCCCCGGAUUGGAUAAGGACCAAGCGAAUACCGUGUGGAAUGACCAGCUUAAAAAGAAGAAGGCAUCCAAGAAGAAGGACGAGAAAGAAGACGAGGAUGAUGAUUGA